AUGCCUUCACAAACCCCCAUAUUCCUCCUCAAAACGAGAUCAUCGCCCCACGAUGGCUACGACUAUUUCCUCAACGCACAGGGCUACAAUCCCUCCUUCAUCCCCGUCCUAGAACACCGCUUCAAUUCCAAGAACCUAGCUCAAGUGCGGGACCUGUUCGCAUCCGGCGCAUUCGAGCUGAAUGAUGCCAAUGCCAAUGCCAAUACCAAUAUCAACAAUGAUUCCAAAGCUCAAUCCAAGAAAUACGGCGGCAUGAUCUUCACCAGCCAGCGCGCAGUGGAGGGAUUCGCGGAGAUGAUUGAGCAAGAUGGCCUCCCCCUCCCAUCCACGCCCUUGGUUCUUUACACAGUCGGCCCAGCCACAGCCCGAACCCUGACAACCCUCCGAGACAAGCAUAUCCCAUCCGCAAAGAUCUACGGCGCAGAUGCAGGAACGGGCGAGAAGCUUGCACACCUGAUGCUGGAACACUAUAACGCCCUGCAUCCAUCAACACCCGAAUCCCUAUCCCCCAAUGAAGCCAAGCCCGGCCUCCUAUUCCUAGUCGGCGAACAACGCCGCGAUAUCAUUCCCAAAACACUUAUGUCGGACUUAUUACCAGUCCAAGACCGUAUCCCCGUGCACGAAAUUGUGGUUUACGAGACAGGGGAGAUGGAGUCUUUUGAGAAGGAUUUUGAGAGUGCUGUGGCUAUUGCACAGAAAGAUAAGCAGAUCGAGCCUUGGGUUGUGGUUUUUUCGCCGUCCGGGUGUGAGGCUAUGUUGAGGGUCUUGGGAUUGGGUCCAUUCAAGCGUGAUGGGAAUGAGGGUAGGGGUGUUUUUGUGGCUACUAUUGGGCCUACGACGAGGGACUAUUUGCAUAAUACUUUUGGGUUUGAGGCGGAUGUUUGUGCAGAGAAACCUAGUCCUGAGGGGGGUUGUUGA